CACGAAAUUUUCGAUACUAAUAACACAGAGCAAAGUGUCCGAAAACUGCAGAAUGCAACAACAACCUCAAGGAAAGGUUGAUCAUGAAAUCUUGGAGCACUACUACGAAAGACUAGAGAAAAAUAACAGAUUUCAUUGUUUUGAGCGAAAAGAUCCAGAAGCUUGCCACCAUCUUGGUAACUUCUUAGAAACAAAAAAGAAGAAAUUCACUGAGGCAUUUGAAGUGUACAAAGAUAAUUGCAUGAAGAGAGAAUAUGGGGACAGUUGCUUCCAGUAUGGACAGAUGUUAUACCAUGGCACAGGAGCUGAGAAGAACAUAUUAGAUGCAUAUAAAGCACAUUUACAGGGAUGUAAAGUGAAACGCUACAACGGUGGUUCCUGUGAUACAGUGGCACUGCAUUACAUAGACGAUAACAUUCAACCGGAGAUAAAAAAGAUACGUGGUAAAAAAGAUCCUAAAAAAGCACUUGAACUGUUCAAGAAAGGUUGUGAUGGAGAUGACGGCAUGGCAUGUCAUCAUGCAGCUGUUGCGUACAAGAAUGGUAUAGAGAAUUAUGUGAAGCCGGACCCCGAACUAAUGUUUAAAUAUGCAGUAAAAGCCUGUGAUUUCAGAAGUAAAGUCGGAUGUAAGUUAGUGGCAGAUGCAUACAAGUCUGGCAUUGGUACACAAAAAAAUGACAGAUUGUACGAGUAUUAUCAAAAGCAGUAUGAUUUAAUGGCGGGAAGAGGUGUUGCAAGGCGAGUAGAUAAAAACAGUCCAAGUAAAUAACAUAUAAUUUAAAAAAUCUAUAGUGAUAUUACAGUUUUAUUUUGAAAUAAAUUAAAAAUUAA